AUGAACGAAGAAUUGAGAACAGAACUCCAGGAGUCUAUGCUGGAAAAGCUGUCGGCCGUCAUGGAUACGAAAGUGGGCCAGAUGAAGCGUGAGCUGGAAGAAGUGGCCAACAAAGCACAUUCCUCGCAAAUGACAGAACUCAAGCGAAUGAAGUUCUCGGAGCCGCCGUCUUUCAAGUGCAGUACAAACAUAACGAGCGAGUAAAAUUUUGUAUCACCGAGGCAGAGGACGCAAUCAAAGACAAGAAGCUAGACACGUGUCUCGAAAAGCUGAGUGAAGGUAAGGAGCAAAUCGAGUCGAGACAAAAGCUAAUUCUUCUUGCAGACAAAUCCGAGUAUGGGUGGAAAACCGUAUCAGAAUAUCUCGAUAACGAGCUUGCCGACGAUGAGGAGGACGCCAAAAAGAGCAAGAAAGCCGAAAAAGAGGCCCAAAGAAAGCUUGACGAGACAAGAAACGCAAAGAAAACUCGCGCCAGCAGUCGCGGUGGAUUUUCCUGGUCGCGACGAGGAUCUUUCAAUGGCGGACGAACCAGGGUUUCCCCGUAUUUAGGGCCAUAUCAACAGCCAGCACCAUCGACUUAUCCCAACAACCAUCUCUACAGUAGUACAGUUGGAAAGAAACCAGGGGUCUGUUUCUCGUGUGGUAAAGCUGGCCAUUGGAGCCGUGAAUGUCCUCUAACCACCGGGUUUUCGACUGAAGCACAGCAAAGUGGAGGCACCGUACGAAAGUUAAGUGUAAUUUCGUCAGAUUAUGAGGGGCUAGACGAAGAU